UCCCGACCUCUCUCACUUCCUUAGCAACGUGUGGCUGUACCCGGAAGUGCUUUAAGACGUUUUUGGGGAACUGGCUAACGUUGACAAGUGACAGUUGGAACUUUUAGUAGUACAAUCAUCCUUCCUUUAUGCGCCGUGUCGCUUAUGGCAGACAAGUAUAAUCGUGCUUCCCAAAAGGUUUUGCCACACAAUUGUGUGUAAUGGGCGAUGACAAGUAAUGCAGGGGAUAUGGAAAGUCCUCAGAAGAAGACUGCUGCAGAGCAGCAAACACCAUUAUUCAAAGACACUUCAUGGCACAAUACACGGGACUCAAUCCAGAAUCAUAAGCUAAGUGUCGGUGGAUUUGUAUUAGUGCAUGCAGGUGCAGGAUACCAUUCAGAAUCAAAGGCCAAGGAGUACAAACAUGUAUGCAAAAGAGCCUGCCAGCAAGCUGUGGAGCAGCUCAAAGCAGGGGCACUUGCAGUUGAAGCAGUGGCUGCAGCACUGGUGGAGCUCGAGGACUCUCCUUUUACAAAUGCGGGCAUGGGCUCCAACCUUAACUUGUCAGGGGAAAUAGAAUGUGAUGCCAGUGUCAUGGAUGGUAAAUCACUGCAAUAUGGAGCUGUAGGUGCUAUUAGUGGAAUCAAGAACCCCAUCAUGGUUGCAAAUCGACUACUAAAUGAAGCACAAAAAGGGAAACUAUCAGCAGGAAGAAUACCCCCUUGCUUUUUAGUGGGACGGGGUGCACAUGACUGGGCUGUUGGCCACGGUGUCCCACCCUGCCUCUCUGAGAAAAUGACCACAAAAUUUAGUUUAUCUGCCUACAAGCGGAACAAAAGAAAGAUGGAGCUGGCUGAGAAAAUGGAUACGGGGCGUAAUCAAACAAAGAAGAGGCGACAAUCAAGUGGAAAUGAAAAUGGUUCCGGGAUUCUUGACACUGUUGGAGCCAUUGUGGUUGACAUGCAAGGUAAUGUAGCUGCAGCGGUGUCCAGUGGAGGCCUGGCCAUGAAACAUCCAGGCAGGGUUGGCCAGGCUGCUCAUUAUGGAUGUGGCUGUUGGGCUGAAAAUGCUUGUAACAUGAACCCUUACGCUACAGCAGUCAGUACCUCAGGCUGUGGUGAGCAUCUGAUUCGCACCAUGCUAGCACGGGAAUGCUCUGCGGCCAUGCAGUCGAAAGAUGCUCAUCAAGCAUUGCUCGAGGCUAUGCAAAACAAGUUCAUCAGCUCACCUUUUUUGGCCAGUGAAGAUCGAGUUUUGGGUGGAGUAAUUGUCUUGCGGUGCUGCAGAUGUGUGGAACCUCAGCCAUCUUCAAAUAUUCAGGGUGCACUAGUGGAGUUUCAUUGGAGUCACACCACAGAAAGCAUGUGUAUUGGCUACAUGUCGGCCCAAGAUAGCAAAGCAAAGACACACAUAUCCAGAUUACCACCUGGGACCGUUCCUGGUCAAUCCUUGGCCAUCGAGGGAGGUGUUUGUCGCCUGAUGAGCACGGCGGAGUGAAUCGUAUUUCUAUUUUCAUCUUCUAAAGCAAUACUCCAUUACACCCGUGUGUUAGUGACACAACACAUCAUGCUUGGGUGUUUCACUUGUAGUUUGCGCACUUGCAGGACUUCCAUAUGCUGGAUGAUACUUGAUAGAUACACUGUUGCCUUUUUUGCGCCACUUCGCUCUUUUCCACAGUUGCUUUCUUCCUAUUAAGUGUAGAUAAGCUACUGUAAACUAAUAAGGUAAACAGGGUGUGUUGUUUUGUAUUGCUCCACUGAUGGAACUAUUUUUGAACUUUAAAGGAUGACUGUACAAAAUUGAACUUUUAAAUGCUUUUCAAAUGUAAAAUACAGCAUUAUGCACAUUGUAGGACAUUUACUGUAUAUCUAAAAGUAGGCUCUGACAUUGAACAUGUGCUAAGUGAUAAAUACACUCACUUGGUGUUGACGUCUCAUACACAUAUUGUCAUUGUCUCAAUGUACAAUGAAGAAUGACAUGCUUCUUAGAUAACGAGACACAGACUACGUUUACACUGAUUUUUUGCAGUGUUAUAUACGGCAAGUAAAAUGUGAUCUUUAUCAGA